CGCUGGGGGCUGCGGGGCCAGCGGAGAUCGGACCAUGGAGGUGGCGGCCGGGGCGCUGGGGGCGGGCGCGGCGCUGCUGCUGCUGCUGGGGCUCUACGCGCUGAUCUACUACUACUUGGUGGCGGCCACCCGGUGCCGGAACGCGGUCAGCCUGCGGGGCAAGACGGUGCUCAUCACAGGUGGAAAUGCAGGGAUCGGGAAGGCCACAGCGGUGGAUCUGGCCCAGAGAGGCGCCCGUGUCAUUCUGGCCUGCCGCGACAAAGCGAGAGGAGAAUCAGCCGUGCAUGACAUCAGACGGGUAAGUGGCUAUUAUGUGGUUCUCUCCUUCCCUCUGUCCUUUUGCAUCCAGAUGGUUUCCUAA